AUGUCCGCCUCAGCGCCCCAUUCGCCCGCUCCUCAUUGCAAUGCAGAGACAGACGUGACGGCGUCACCGUCUCAGCCAUCACCAUCAAAGUUACUUCAACUCCAUCGGCUGGGGACGGAUAGAGCAUCGUCUGUACCACCUCGCCGCCUUUCUUCCCCUCUGAAAAAUGUCUCGCAAAUCCGACCUCGACUGAACCAGUACUACACUCUAGAUCAUGCAGUGUCGUUGUUCAAAUCAGCAAAGAACAUCAUCAUUCUGACAGGGGCAGGUAUCUCCACUUCUCUGGGCGUUCCUGAUUUUCGGUCUACGGAUGGCAUCUACAAUCUCCUUAAGGACUCCGUAUAUGAUGAUCCACAGGAACUCUUCCAUAUCGACAACUUCAAAGCAGAUCCAGCAGAGUUCUUCAAACAGGCGGCAAAGGUCUUUCCCAAGAUGCAAGGUCUCGUGCCUGCUAGCGGACAUGCUGGUACCAGCAAGGCAGCUACCGAGCCCCUGGUGCCGAGGUACAGUUCAACCCACGCUUUUGUUGCAAUGCUCCAGUCAAAGGGCAAGCUGUUGACCAACUACACACAAAACAUUGAUGGACUUGAAAUUGCCGCCGGUGUUUCACCGUCGAGACUGAUCCAAGUCCACGGCACACUGGCUACCGCCACCUGCAUGAGCUGUGGCAAGCAGACGACUGCUCGCAAAUACAUGCCUGUUGUACGAGCAGGUGGCAUCCCGUUUUGCAAGUGCUCCCUGGUCAAGGAUAAUGACAAGACAAACCAACAUGGGCGCACUGUCAAGAAGAAACGGAAGAGGCACGAGUUCGAAGAUUCCGAAUCCGAGCUCGAAGAUAGCACAACGAGUUUUCCAAAGGGUCUCCUUAAACCAGACAUGACUUUCUUUGGCGAGCACAUCUCAUAUUCUUACGCACCUCGUCUGGACACAGACAAACGAAAGGCUGACUUGCUCGUUAUUGUCGGCACGUCGCUCAAAGUAGCUCCAGUCAACGACAUGCUCCUCGCGAUCCCACCCACGGUGCCACAGAUCUGGAUCAGCAAAGACCGCUGCCAACGACAGGGUGUUAAAGUUGACAUCGAACUGCUGGGCGAGUGUGACCUAAUACUCGAAGAGAUCGCUCGGCGAGCAGGCUGGACGGCAGCGCUGGAGGAGAAAAUGUGGGAGAAUCCAAAGAGCUCGGGGAUCAGAGAGCCGGCCGCGAAAUCCCAAAAAGUGUGUUCCAAGUCGAAGCUGGAGAACAUGCCUGCAAUCAAAGCAGAAGGAAGUCUCCAGAUCCGACCCAAGGCUGAAGCUGUCGCCGACUCCAUCGCCCAAAACAGCGAGAUCAAAAGUCGAUGCCAUAACGCCGAGAACAGCCAAGCUCGAGCCGAGACAAAAAAGAAGACAGUCAGCGGCAUUGGAGGAGGAUCAAAGCCUGACACCAACCGCACAGAUCAGAAGAGACAGCCUCGAGAGUCCAAAGUCAUUGUUGAGCUCGAAGAAGGAACCAGAUCGAGAUGGUACAUCCGACGCGCGAAAUGA